AGGUACAUGUCUUUGGGAGAACACUAAAAUCUGUGUCCAGAGGGCUCGCCCAAAACUUCAGGUAUGGAGCUAUCACACGCCACACUGUGGCUGAGCAGAGGUGACAGGCGAGAGUGAAGGGUUUUCCUGCUGUUGCACCAUUUCUGAUGUGGUAGCAACUUUGGCAAACACCAGGGACUUUGUUAAAACUGCUAGUGGUACACUUGAUUAUUUGAAUAUCUGGGGAGGGCAGGUGUGAUCCCAGAUCCAGACAUCCCCUGUGGGUGAGAGAACUCCUCGUGGGCCCGUCAGAGGUCUUUUCCUGCCUGGAUCUUACUGGAUGUGUUACUGAGACCUGGAGGCAGAGUUACAAACUUUCCAUGGAUCCAAACAUCCAGGGGUCUUUCCUGUUCAACAACAGCCUAAACCAAUUCCCCUCGGACCUCAAGGCACCGGUGUGCCAGUACUCAGUGCCCAACUCUUUCUACAAGCUCAACCCGGGCCUGAACAGCCAGCUGCAGGCAGGGACGCCCCACGGGAUCAGCGACAUCCUGAGCCGCUCCAUGGUCGGCAUGGGCUCCACGGGCACCACAACCCUGCUGUCGGGAUACUCAACCAUGGGGGGGUUUGGCCCCUCCGUCACCAGCACGUCCAUGUACUACAACCGAGACUACAACUCCUCGCUGGGCGGCUUCUCCAAGCCGGGCACAGAGUGCCCCAUGAAGGCUCGCAAUGUGAGCUGCUGGGCAGAGAGCGGCUGUGACUGGAGAGGAGGGAGGCAGCAGUGCACCAACAGUAGUGGUCCACUCGGGGAGAUGUCCGGCAGGAAGAAACACACCAGACCAACAUUUAGCGGACAUCAGAUAUUUGCUCUGGAGAAAACAUUCGAGCAGACCAAAUACCUGGCCGGACCUGAGAGAGCGAGACUGGCUUAUUCUCUGGGAAUGACUGAAUCACAAGUCAAGGUGUGGUUCCAGAACCGACGCACUAAGUGGAGGAAGAAGAGCGCUUCAGAGCCGAGCUCUACGCAGGCCGGCCACGCGGGUCAGGGCGGCGAGGCCUCGGAGAACGAGGUGGAGGACGAGGAGUACAACAAGCCUCUGGACCCGGACUCUGACGACGACAAGAUCCGACUGUUGCUGCGCAAACACCGCAGGGCUUUCUCCGUCCUGCGCCUCGGGCCACACCACGUCUGACACACAUACACACACCGUGUAAAUUACACACAUGCAGACACACACUCACACACACACGCUUCUCAGCAGACCUGCAUGAUUAACUGAAAAUCUUUAGUUUUGAAUACAAAUUUAAAUCAAUGGGCAGUUGCGCAUGUUCAGAACAGAUCAUUUGAGCUCGUCCAACAAAUGAGCAUCAAAGUUUCCAUAGACAAACAGGCUGAAAAAAAUGAAGGUAAAGAAGAUGUUUACUUUUAUAAGUUACUGUAAGACUAUAUGUGUGGCCUGUUUAAUGUUACACUGAUAUGUAGGGGAACUAUGUCAUACACUUCAUUUUGUAAAAACAUUUGAAAAUGACAUGAAAAAACUGCAUGAUGCUAUUGGUAAUAAUAAUGAAUAA